AAGAAUCCAUUGAAGAUGUGGAAGGGCCCAAUGAAACAGCCGGUGAUGCCGAAGAGCCUGCCAAGGAGCAAGAGAGUGGAGGGGACAAGGACCAGAGUAAAUGGACAGCGCCAGCCAGCCAGGCAGAGAAGGAGCUGACAGAGCCUCCAGCAUCCUCUAAACGAGUAUCAUUUCCCAGCAGCUCUGAGUCGCCUCUCUCUUUUAAAUGGUCAAAAACUUCAGAGGAGACCAAAUCAGAGCAGAUGUAUCAGUGUCCAUACUGCAAGUACAGUAACACAGACGUGAACCGCCUGCGGGUGCACGCCAUGACCCAGCACUCAGUGCAGCCCAUGCUCCGCUGCCCACUCUGCCAGGACAUGCUCAACAACAAGAUCCAUCUGCAGCUGCACCUCACCCAUCUGCACAGUGUGUCACCUGACUGUGUCGAGAAACUCAUCAUGACGGUGACAACACCUGAGGUGAUGAUGCCCAGCAGCAUGUUUCUCCCAGCAGCCGCUCCGGAGAAGGACGGGAACUCCACCACAGAGGAGCUGGGGAAGCAGCCUGAGAUCUCUGAAGACUCGGGAAAGGGUCUUUUGCCAUCGGAAAGUGCAGAGCACAGCGGAGAUCCCAAGCCCGUUCCGGCCGAUCAGAGCUCUGCCCGGGAGGACUCCGGCUUCCUGUGCUGGAAGAAGGGCUGCAACCAGGUGUUCAAGAGCUCGGCAGCCCUGCAGACACACUUCAACGAAGUUCACGCCAAGCGGCCUCAACUGCCGGUAUCCGAUCGCCACGUCUACAAGUACCGUUGUAACCAGUGCAGCCUGGCGUUCAAAACCAUUGAGAAGCUGCAGCUCCAUUCCCAGUACCACGUCAUCCGGGCGGCCACAAUGUGCUGCCUCUGCCAGCGCAGCUUCCGAACCUUCCAGGCCCUAAAGAAGCACCUGGAAACCAGCCAUCUGGAGCUGAGCGAGGCCGACAUUCAGCAGCUGUAUGGUGGUCUCUUGGUCAACGGGGACCUCCUCGCUAUGGGCGAUCCAUCGCUUGCAGAAGACCACACUAUAAUAGUCGAGGAAGAUAAGGAGGAGGAGAGCGACUUGGAAGAUAAGCAGAGCCCGACAGGUAGUGAUUCGGGGUCGGUGCAAGAGGACUCUGGCUCAGAACCGAAAAGGGCCUUACCCUUCAGGAAGGGCCCUAACUUCACUAUGGAGAAAUUCCUAGAUCCGUCUCGCCCUUACAAGUGCACGGUCUGCAAGGAGUCUUUCACACAAAAGAACAUUCUCCUGGUCCAUUACAACUCAGUUUCUCAUCUGCAUAAACUGAAGAGAGCCCUCCAAGAGUCUGCUACUGGGCAGCCUGAACCGACCAGCAGCCCAGACAACAAACCUUUUAAGUGUAACACCUGCAACGUGGCCUACAGUCAGAGCUCAACCUUGGAGAUCCACAUGAGGUCUGUCCUGCACCAAACCAAGGCUCGCGCUGCCAAGCUGGAGGCGGCUGGGGGAAGUGGCAGUAGUAACGGAGCGGGCAACAGCAGCAACAGCAGUCUCUCUCUGGGUUCAUCCACGCCAAGUCCAGUGAGCGCUAGCAACAGUAAUACUUUUACAACCGCCAACACAAGUAAUUCAGGCACAACUCCCAUUCCCAGCCUGCUCAACCAGGUAUCCAGCGACAGUGUGGGAAUUCCUCCUUUAGGUAACCCUGUAAGCACUAAUAUCUCCUCCCCUUCCGAGCCCAAAGAGGUAAACCGAAAGAAGCUGGCCGACAUGAUUGCAUCCAGGCAGCAGCAGCAGCAGCAGCAACAGCAGCAGCAGCAGCAGCAGCAAGCUCAAACCUUGGCACAGGCACAGGCCCAAGUCCAGGCCCAUCUGCAACAAGAACUGCAGCAGCAAGCUGCUCUCCUGCAGUCUCAGCUGUUCAACCCAGCACUUUUGCCGCACUUUCCGAUGACCACUGAGACCCUUCUGCAGCUUCAGCAACAGCAGCAUCUUCUGUUUCCUUUCUACAUCCCCAGUGCCGAGUUCCAGCUCAAUCCAGAAGUUAGUCUGCCUGUCACCAGUGGUGCGCUGACACUGACUGGUACAGGUCCAAGUUUGCUGGAGGACCUGAAGGCUCAAGUUCAGCUCCCUCAGCAGAGCCAUCCACAGCUCUUACAGCAGCAGCAAGGUCAGCUGUCCUUGUCACAACCUCACUCCGUCCUUAUACAACAGAGCCAGCAGCACCCUGAGAAGAAGAAUAAAUCCGUAGUGAAGGAGAAAGAAAAAGAGACCCCACGGGAAAGUGCAGAGAGGGGAGACAAUAAUGUAGCGUCCAAGGAGUCUCUGCCUGAUAACUUAAAGCCCAAAGAGAAGAAGGACUUUGUACCAGGCAGUACUUCAGAGCCCUCCUUACUGCCUCCGCGUAUUGCCUCUGACGCAAGAGGGAAUGCCACAAAAGCCUUGCUGGAAAACUUCGGCUUUGAGCUUGUCAUUCAGUAUAACGAGAACAAGCAGAAGGUGCAGAAGAAAAAUGGGAAGACAGAGCAAGGUGAGAACUUGGAAAAGCUUGAGUGUGAUACCUGCGGCAAGUUCUUUUCCAACAUCCUCAUCCUGAAGAGCCACCAGGAGCAUGUUCACCAACAUUACUUUCCCUUCAAGCAGUUAGAGAGAUUUGCCAAACAGUACAGAGAACACUAUGACAAACUGUACCCGCUGCGGCCUCAGACCCCAGAGCCACCGCCCCCGCCUCCACCGCCCCCGCCUCCGCUCCCUCCAGCACCUCCUCAGCCGGCUUCUACUCCUACCAUUCCCACUUCUGCUCCACCGAUUACCUCUCCUACAAUUGCACCAGCCCAGCCGUCCGUGCCACUCACCCAGCUCUCCAUGCCAAUGGAGCUCCCCAUCUUUUCGCCGCUUAUGAUGCAAACCAUGCCACUACAAACGUUACCUGCUCAGCUGCCGCCCCAGCUGGGUCCCGUAGACCCUCUGCCUGCCGACUUGGCCCAGCUGUACCAGCAUCAGCUCAACCCUAGCCUUCUCCAGCAGCAGCAGAACAAGAGGCCACGGACACGGAUCACCGACGACCAACUCAGAGUCCUUCGGCAGUAUUUUGAUAUUAACAAUUCCCCAAGUGAGGAACAGAUCAAAGAGAUGGCGGACAAGUCUGGGUUGCCCCAGAAAGUAAUCAAGCACUGGUUCAGAAACACUCUUUUCAAAGAACGCCAGCGCAACAAGGAUUCCCCGUACAACUUCAGUAAUCCUCCCAUUACCAGCCUGGAAGAGCUGAAGAUAGACUCACGGCCUCCUUCCCCAGAACCUCAAAAGCAGGAGUACUGGGGAAGCAAGCGGUCCUCCCGGACACGCUUUACUGACUACCAACUCAGAGUCCUGCAGGAUUUCUUUGAUGCCAAUGCUUAUCCAAAGGAUGACGAAUUUGAGCAGCUUUCUAACUUGCUGAACCUCCCAACACGUGUUAUAGUGGUGUGGUUCCAGAAUGCCCGUCAGAAAGCUAGGAAAAACUAUGAGAAUCAGGGAGAAGGCAAAGAUGGGGAACGACGGGAGCUUACCAAUGACAGGUAUAUUAGAACAAGCAACUUGAACUACCAGUGCAAAAAGUGCAGUCUAGUCUUUCAGCGCAUUUUUGAUCUCAUUAAACACCAGAAAAAGCUUUGUUACAAAGAUGAGGAUGAGGAUGGACAGGAUGAUAGCCAGAAUGAAGACUCUAUGGAUGCAAUGGAGCUCUUGACUCCAACCAGUUCCUCCUGCAGCACACCAAUGCCCUCGCAAGCUUACAGCACACCUACGUCUUCAGCCAAUGCAACCUCCUCAGCUUUUCUGCAGCUCACAGCAGAGGCAGAUGAUUCCUCCACCUAUAGCUCUAAAGUAGAAGCUACAGAUGAGAAACCAAAGCAGUCUGAACCUCCAAGUACACAGCAAAACCAAACUCAAGACAAGCAAGUGCAACCAAAGCAAGAGUCUCAGCAGCAACAGGACCAAGGAGAACAAAAGACAAGUUCAGCACACCAAAAGAUUUCACAGUUAUCCUCCCCAUCUUCACUGCAGCAGCCACCUCCCCCUCCUCAGCCCCCUCAGUGCUCUUUGUCACAGUCAAGCCCGAGUCCAUCUCAGCUCUCGCAUCUCUCCCUCAAACCCAUUCACACGUCCACCCCUCAACAGCUGGCAAACCUACCUCCUCAGCUAAUCCCAUACCAGUGUGACCAGUGUAAGCUGGCAUUUCCUUCCUUUGAGCAUUGGCAGGAACAUCAGCAGCUUCAUUUUCUGAGUGCACAGAACCAGUUUAUCCACCCCCCAUUCCUGGACAGAACACUGGAUAUGCCGUUCAUGCUUUUUGAUCCCAGUAAUCCACUACUUGCGAGCCAGCUGCUCUCUGGAACAUUACCACAGAUUCCAGCAAGCUCAGCCACUUCACCGUCAACUCCAACAUCCACAAUGAACACACUGAAGAGAAAGCUGGAGGAAAAGGCCAGCGCAAGCCCUGGAGAAAAUGACAGUGGGACUGGAGGAGAAGAACCACAAAGGGAUAAACGUCUAAGGACAACCAUUACCCCGGAGCAGCUGGAAAUUCUUUAUCAGAAAUACUUGCUCGACUCCAACCCAACACGGAAGAUGUUGGAUCACAUUGCACAUGAAGUGGGCUUGAAGAAACGUGUGGUGCAAGUUUGGUUUCAGAACACCCGUGCCCGGGAAAGGAAGGGGCAGUUCAGAGCUGUAGGGCCUGCCCAAGCCCACAGACGGUGUCCCUUCUGCCGAGCUCUCUUUAAAGCAAAGACAGCUCUUGAAGCUCAUAUCCGAUCCCGUCACUGGCAUGAGGCCAAGAGAGCUGGGUACAACCUGACGUUGUCUGCUAUGCUCUUAGAUUGUGAUGGGGGACUCCAAAUGAAGGGAGACAUCUUUGACGGAGCAAGUUUUUCCCACAUGCCACCAACGAGCAGUGAUGGACAGAGUGUUCCUCUCUCCCCUGUGAACAAGAGCAUGGAACUGUCACCUCGAACUCUGCUGAGUCCAUCCUCCAUUAAGGUGGAGGGGAUAGAAGACUUCGAGAGUCCCUCCAUGUCCUCGGUCAACCUCAGCUUUGACCAAACGAAGCUGGACAACGAUGACUGCUCUUCUGUCAACACUGCAAUCACAGACACUACAACAGGAGAUGAAGGGAAUGCAGACAACGACAGUGCAACAGGGAUUGCGACCGAAACCAAAUCGGCAUCGGGACCCAGUGAAGGUCUGACAAAAGCUGCCAUGAUAGCAAUGUCGGAAUAUGAAGAUCGGCUGUCUUCUGGCCUGGUCAGCCCAGCUCCCAGCUUUUACAGCAAAGAGUACGAUAAUGAAGGUACUGUGGACUAUAGCGAAACAUCCAGCCUUGCAGACCCCUGCUCACCAAGCCCUGGUGCAAGAGGUUCAGCCAGCAAGUCUGGAGAGAGCGGGGAUCGGCCCGGACAGAAACGCUUUCGCACUCAGAUGACUAAUCUCCAGCUAAAAGUUCUUAAGUCAUGCUUUAAUGACUACAGGACACCUACCAUGCUGGAGUGUGAGGUCCUGGGCAAUGACAUUGGACUGCCAAAGAGAGUUGUUCAGGUCUGGUUCCAGAAUGCUAGGGCAAAGGAGAAGAAGUCCAAACUCAGCAUGGCCAAGCAUUUUGGUAUAAACCAAACAAGUUACGAGGGACCCAAAACAGAGUGCACUUUGUGUGGCAUCAAGUACAGCGCUCGGCUGUCUGUACGUGACCAUAUCUUCUCUCAACAGCAUAUCUCCAAAGUUAAAGAAACCAUUGGAAGCCAGUUGGAUAAGGAAAAGGAGUAUUUUGACCCAGCUACUGUACGUCAGUUGAUGGCUCAGCAGGAGCUGGACCGGAUCAAAAAAGCCAAUGAGGUUCUUGGUCUGGCAGCUCAACAGCAGGGCAUGUUUGAUAACACCCCUCUGCAAGCUCUUAACCUUCCUGCUGCAUACCCAGCACUACAGGGCAUCCCUCCAGUCUUGCUCCCAGGCCUCAACAGCCCAUCCUUACCAGGCUUCACUCCAUCCAACACAGCUUUAACUUCUCCCAAACCCAACCUGAUGGGCCUGCCCAGCACAAGCGUCCCUUCGCCCGGCCUCCCCACCUCUGGAUUACCAAAU